AUGCUCUCCCGCGCCGCCGCCCGUACCACGACCUCUCUGGUCACCAAGCGAGGUUUCCAGACCACCCGCGCCCGCAUGUCCUCGCCCUACCACUACCCUGAGGGCGCCUACAGCAACAUCCCCUUCAACCCCCGAAGCAAGUGGUUCGGCCUUGGAUACUGGACCUUCAUGGCCACCGGCUUCUUCGCUCCCUUCGGCAUUGCUGUCUACCAGACCUACAAGCCCCAGUAA